GAAGAGAAAGGGAGGGGGGAAGGGAGAGGGGAGAAGGAGAAAAAGAGAAGAGCUCGGGCAGCUCGGGGAUGGAUAUUGGCGGAGAAGGCAGAGGGAGAAGGCAGGCAGAGAACGGUUGUGGCGAGCAGUGGGGUCGGCGGGGUUGUCGAGUAGCCGUAGCGGUAGUCGGCGGUAGUUGCCGUUUUACGUUUAAAUAGUGAGUAGCCACGUGGCGGGAAGGCCGUAAACGAGACAGCCCGACACAUUGUGCUGCACCGAAGCCACGGGGGCUGCGGCAACGACGUCAGUCGGCUGGGGGAGGUGUCAAGUGAUCCUCUGUAGUGUCUCUCAAAAAGAAAAGUGAUGGAGUAGGCAGAGUGCCACUAGUGCUACGAGGAAAACAGAUACCCUCGAAUGAGCUACGGACCACGGACCCUACCGAGAGCGAGCGCGGAUUAGAGUGAUAAGCUUCGCGUUUCGUAGUACUUUUCUUUUCCCUUUUUUGUUCUUUUUCCGGCACCUCCUUCUCUCAUCACUUUUCCGCAUUCGUCGGUGCUGGAGGCAGUGGCGGCACGAUCGCACGGUCAGCGGAGCAUUUGAGAGCUGCGCCACUUGUUGAAUGCGCUCGUUGUCCUCGUUUAAACUCGGUGCAAAUUCAGUCUGGCGUCGCGUGCUUAAGGACAUUUUUCUCCCUUCGCGCGAAGUGUUCCGUCAAUGUCCAAGUUGCUCUUCGCCCGACGCCUUCUUGCGGUCUGCUCGAAAUGGGAAUCUCUUUCCUCGUGUCGGCAGUGGUCCAAUAUCGGCAGUGCGGCGGACCGAGAGCUCAUCGCUUGUCAGAGUCGGAUUUUGCCGGGACCUGAACGGAUACGAGUGUCUGCUAUUGAAUCGUCCAAGGACGAGUGCAAGAGCAAAGUGACAACAGUCUACGAGGCCAUCUUGCUAGGGAGGACACUGAAUGAUAACAAGAAAGCGUUUGGAUACUGGAGCCAAGGACUCACUGAGCUACGCUGGAUCAGUUACGAUGAGCUGUUGGAGAAAUGCCAGCAGUUUGGUUCGGGCCUCCUUGGUCUGGGACAGGAGCCCGAAAAGAGCAUCGUCACUGUGAACUGCCGAGGAAGUCUCGAGUAUGCGGUGUCUCACUACUCGUUGUCAAUGUUCUCGAUGACAUCCUGUCCGAUCACCGCAAACGCCGACAAGGAUGCCAUUGCGUUUGUGCUGGGACAAGUGGAGAGCUCAGUGAUGGUUUGUGACACGAUUGAAAAGGCAGAGUUUCUUCUCAGCUGCCGAGAUAAGUUUCCGUCGCUCCGCAUGCUCAUCUUGGUCGAAGACCCGACGCGGGACAUCGUUUCUGCCUGUCGUUCGAAAGGUCUGGAAGUCCUUAGCUGGAAAGAGUGCCUGGAACGUGGCAAGAAGGCCGUCCGGGAACCCAUCCCUCCGAAGCCAGAGAUGCUGUACGCAAUCGUCUACACGAGCGGAACAACAGGCAUGCCAAAGGGAGUACCCCUCACCCACCAAGGUCUCAUCACCACGGCCCAUGCUGUGAAUCACCAAGCUGGGCCAAUGAAACCAAAGCCGAAUCACAUCUGCUUCUCGUUUUUGCCGACGGGACACAUCUACGAACAUAUUUACCAGGUGACCCUCCUCCUGUGCGGCGCCACUCUGGGGUUCUACAGGGGCGACGUGAAGGCGCUUCUUCAGGACAUGCAAGAGGUGAAGCCCACCAACCUCCCCAUGGUGCCCAGGCUGCUGAACCGUGUCUACUACAAGGUUCAUUCUGAAGUUCAGAAGAACCCGCUCAAGAACUUUGUGUUCAAGCUAGCCGUGAAGCAGAAGCGCAAACUCCUCAAGAAGGGCAUCACAACCACUGACACCAUCUGGGACAAGCUUGUGUUCAAGAAAAUUCGUGACCAGCUGGGUGGAAACAUCCGCUACUGUGUCACGACAUCUGCUCCUGCAGCAGCGGAAGUUCUCAAUUUCUUCCGGAUUGUGUUUGGGUGCCUCAUUGUGGAAGUCUACGGAAGCACGGAAGUAAGCGUGGUGACCAGCACAUUGCCGUACGACUUUGACGGUGAUCAUGUGGGUUGCCUGUUCGACGGCGUGGAGCUGAAGCUCAUAGACGUUCCCGAGAUGAACUACUUUGCAAAGGAUGACCGGGGAGAGAUCUGCGUCCGGAGUCCCAUGACCUUCAAGGGCUACUACAAGAACCCCGAGGCCACGGCUGCCGCGAUCACGCCCGACGGCUGGGUACUCACCGGCGACAUCGGCACGUGGACCUCGAAAGGCACAUUGAAAGUUAUUGACCGGAAGAGGGACUUCUUCAAGCUGUCGCAGGGGGAGUUCAUCUCACCCGAGCGAAUUGAAAGCGUCUACAGCAUGCUGGACUACAUUGCUGCCAUUUUGGUCGAUGGCUGGUCCACUCAGGACUUCACCAUUGCGAUAGUGGUACCCCAAGAAGAGCCAAUCAGGGAACUUGCAGCCUUGUGCAAAAUCGACAAGAAGGCGAGCUUUGCAGACCUCUGCUCAAACAAGGAAAUACGUAAGGCACUGCUGGCUGAGAUGCAAGCUCUGGGUAAUGCAAAUGGCCUGAACUCUUUACAUCAGGUACAAAACCUCCACCUCCACCCCGAGACGAACCUGCUCGAAAGCGGACUUGUCACCAGCACGCUCAAACUGAAGCGCAACUGCGCAAGAGAGUUGUUCAAAGAGGUCAUCAGGGAUUUGUACGACGAGGGACCACUGCUGGGCAGCUCUCGCAAUUUAUAGCGCAGUUUUUAAGUGGGCAACUUUGUGAAGGAGCUUUUAUCACCUCAAGAACAAGCUAUUUUUACCCACCUUUACGCGACACUUCUAUUCCAACGUAUUUUUACGAAAUAUGGGGCAAACACUGUUGUCGUUCGCGCCGUUGCGACAUAUUUUUACGAAAUAUGGGGUAAACACUGUUGUUCGCGUCGUUGCGGCACGUCAGUGCUGCUAUGUCUGCUGAAUUUGACUGCAUCUGCAGUUCUUUUGAAAAACAUUUUUAAAAGAGAUUAAGACUUUUCCUUUUCCUAACGUAAUGUGAAAGUGGUGCUAUGCAUGCAAUAUACUCACUUUAUUAUGCCCAAAUAUUUUCUUUUUUAAUACGUUGAGCCUCGCAUGUUGAUUUUUUACGACGUCGUGGCAUGCGCGAAACUUUGCACACAGGGUCUGCUUAGUUUCGGGCGAUUGCAAUGUCUGGCAGCGAAACCGGUUUGGCGUUCUGUGAUUUGUACAAAUGAAAGGGAUGAAGUGCGUCGUGGCAAUAAAUAUAUUUUGUCAUAGGGUACAGUCUUGGUUGUGGCUGAGCUAUAGAUUAUUAUUGGGCUGUCGAACUUGUUGAAUGGAGCAAAUCACCCGGAGUCGUUUUGGGGUGUCAUGCUUCUUGAUGGACAAAGCUGGUGCGAGUUGUAAUGCUCAGCAAAGAAUUGGUUGCAGACACGCUCAGUGCCAAGCAUUUGUGCCGUUCAAAGAGCAUCUCAAGAUUGCUCCAACCUCCGAACAUUGGGAUAUAAAGCAAACUUUGGCCAUUGAGAUGGUCAAUACAAUUGUUUUGAUAGCCUGUUGUAAUUUUACCGAACAAAUAAAAAAAAAGAAACGUAAC